AUGCUGGCCGCCGCUUGGCUGGGCAGGGGUUUCUGGGGGCUCCUCCGCGGCGCGGGACGGAGGCGGCCGGGUAGCACCAGGCCUCUGUCCGGCCGACCGGGGGGGGCAGCGGCGGAGGGGCGCGGCGGUGGCGCGGGCGGCCGCCGCCAUGGCAACAGCGGCGCCUUCUGCCUGGCGGCGGGCGCGGGGGCUCUGGCGGGGUCGCGCGCGGCGCCCGCCCUGCGGCAGCACCAACGGCUGCUGCGCGAGCACCAACGGCUGCUGCGCGCGCCCGCCGCCGCCUGGCGCCUCCUCAGCGGUGGGGCCGCCCCGCCGGAACCCCCCCGCGAGCGGCGUGUGGCGGGGCGCUACGCCGAGCUGUAUGAAAACCCCUGGACGAUCCCAAACAUACUGUCAAUGGCAAGAAUGGGUUUGGCGCCAGUUUUAGGCUAUUUGAUUGUUGAAGAAAAUUUCAAUGUUGCACUAGGUGUCUUUGUUUUGGCUGGCGUAACGGAUUUGUUGGAUGGAUUUAUUGCACGCAACUGGGCUAAUCAGAAAUCAGCUUUGGGAAGUGCUCUUGAUCCUCUGGCUGAUAAAAUUCUCAUCAGUGUGCUCUAUGUAAGCCUAACUUGUGCAAAUCUUAUCCCAGUUUCACUUACUUCCAUGAUUAUUCUGAGGGAUGUAGCGCUCAUUGCUGCUGUUUUUUAUGUGCGAUACAAAACUCUUUCUCCACCGAGAACACUCAGUAGGUAUUUUAAUCCCUGUUAUGCUACUGCCCAAUUAAAACCAACAUUCAUUAGCAAGAUGAAUACAGCAGUUCAGCUAAUUUUGGUGGCAGCUUCUUUAGCAGCUCCUGUUUUCAAUUAUGUGGACAGCAUAUAUCUGCAGACAUUAUGGUGCAUCACAGCUUUCACAACGGUAGCAUCUGCGUACAGCUAUUACCACUAUGGCCGAAAAACGGUUCAGGUGAUCAAUAACAAAUGAAGAAUUCCCGAAGGUGCCGGGCCCCGGCAGCGUGGUGUGCCGUACGGCUGAAGAGGGUUGUGAGGCAACUGAGCUUUGGAUGAAGAACUCUUGUUUAUCUGCUUAAAUCACGGCAUCACAAUGAAGUGACGUUUGAACAUGUACUGUGUAUAUAUACAGAGAGAGACUUUUCAGUGUAUUUUUAAUUUGUUUAAAAAUGAGGUUGUUUACAAAAACAAAUAAAUAAUAUUCUUAAAGACACAGG